CCUCUCUUCGCGCCCGCAUCCGCAUCCGCAGCUGAUCCGCACUGAUCCGCAGCUGAUCCGCAAACUGAUCCGCGUCCGCAGCUGUUCCGCACAGAAGGGCAGCCAGAGAUCUCUCAGCAAGCAGUCGUAUCUGCUCGCCCCUUUUCAUUCGUGUGCGCCUUUUCUCUUGGCCUCCUCCAGCCCUGCCUUCAUCCGGCAGUAUUUUGUCCCUUGUCCGUUGAUUGAGAUCAAGUAAUCGGAAUGAGCGGCCUCCGCACCACACGCAUCGGCUCCAGCAGCAUCCUGCCUACGACCGAAGGCUCUCGGGGUCUGGGCGAGUCAAGCGAAGUCAUCACGCAGGAGGACCACGCCGAGUAAGGGGGGAGGGAGAGAUGGGAGCUUUGGGUGCUGUACGCUGAAUCGUCCUCCCUUCUGCAGUGUCAAGGAGGUCAAGACCUUUGUCAAGGGGUACCAGGGAGACCUCGCCAUCAUCCUCGUGACGGGAGCACCAGGGUAGGCAGCGAGUGGCUACUUGGCAUUCUGUCAAGUGUGGGCCUUUGAUGUGUUUGUUCAGCGUGGGCAAGUCGACUCUGUGCAACCACAUGCGUAGUAUCAUGAACGCCAAGGGCCCGUGUGACAACUAUGUCUCGGUACACCCACGGCCAAGCCACACACAUCGUUGUAUGUCUGUCUGUCUGUCUGUCUGCCUACUGCUGUGCGUCCGUCGCUUCCUUCGGCUGCAGUAUACCCGUACGCGCCCCGGUAGCCACUCCGGCAGCGUCACUUCCCUGUUCGAGACGUACACACUCGGCGGCAAUGAGCGCGUCUGUCUGCAGGACGGCAAAGGUAUGUGAUGCGUGCUUGCGAAGAACUGAUGCCUCCAGCUCUCCUGUGUGUCUGUGUGUGUGUCCGUGCGUGUGAGUGUAGGUCUGGAGGAUGGUGAUUUGGGUUUGCUGGAGCUGGCCAUCACGGGUCGGCUGAUGAACAACUUCGACAUGACGGUCAGCAUGGACGCCAUCAAGGAGGCUCAGGCCAAGAGGGGGGCCAAUAAGCGGCUCACCGAAGAGGACAAGAAAAUCCUCGACCGCCUGCGGUGAGUAGCACCCACAAACGAUGGCCCAUUCAUUUGGCACGUUCAUCUUGAUGUGUGGGUGGGUGUGUUGGUGUGUGGGUCGCUUUCUUUCUUCACGCAGGUCGGGGAACGACGAUGAUCCUGAGCUGGAGCGUUUCCGUCCCAAGGCCGUGUUCGUGGUGCUCGAUGCGACGGCCCUGGGCGACCGAGAGGGCGAGGCCAUGGUCAGGUACCGUGACAUGGUCGAGAAGAUCCACGGUAAGUCGGUCACAUGCGGAAGAGAAUGUGAGUGGUCUGCUCAUCUCAUCUUUCUCGCCCGUGUACUUGUGUGUCAUUCCUCGUGUGUGUGUGUAUGUGUGUGUGAGCAGAGCACGAGAUCAAGGUCUGCAUCAUUCUCAACAAGUGCGACGGGGUCAUCGGGGACCUCGAGGAGCGCAGGGCCAUCUGGAACGACCCCGUCUCUCUCCUGGACAGACCUGAGGUGGAGAGGCUGAUCGAGGAGGUCUCGGAGGACCUGGGGUGAGUGAGCACAAAAGAGGCGUGAGUGAGUGCUUAGUCGACCUGUCUGUCAUAUGUCUGUGUCGUGACAUGCAGCGUGGAGCCUUUCGACGUGUAUCCGAUGCUUGCUAAGCCCAAGAGGAAGGAACUCAGCCCCGCACACAGCCUGCUCGUCAUUCGACCGUUUGGCUUCAUCCUCAGCGAGCUCAAGAAAUGCGCUAGAGAGUGAGCAUGCAUAAGACACACACGCAUAUGGGGUGCAAUGGAUGUGCCUCCGCUGUCUACAACGUAUGUAAUCCAUGCAGAAGCGUGCACGACCCACAGGAGUGCGCCCCCGUGGCCGACGACGAGUCCGACGACGAGGACGUAAGCUGAUACGCACACUCGGGACACACGUCGUGUGCGCACUACUUUCUGCACGUAUGUAUGUCUGUGUGCUGCAUCUCAAGUAGGGAGAGGUCGUCUCGUCUGAUCAGCCGACCAAAGACGCGAGCGGCCAAGACAACCAACGCAUUUUUGACCAUCGCAGUUUCAUUGACGUGUGCACUGUGGUGCUUGUCUUCUCUGCUUUCGUGCUGGCAUUGCCACUGAUCUUUUCCUGCGCUGCUGUCUACCGCUGGAUGCACAUGAACCGUGAUGAUGGUGCUGGGGGGCGGGCGAGCGCGAUGCACAGCGUGACUUAUCCCUUGGACGCACUGGAUGAGGAUGCGGCAAGGGAGAUAGCACGCAAUGGGCGCUACCUGGCAGCGCCACCAUCAUGAAUGGAGGCUAGGUAGGAGGAUGUGUGUGAGUGUGCUUUUGGGAUGAUGGCACCAUUGUGUCUUGUCUGGAUGGGCGGACGACACGAGACUCAGAGAGUGCUGUCGGACAGAUACGUUUUUGUGUUUUUCCGUCCUUGCCGUGUUCAUGCCUGCACGAUCAUCGCUGGUGCGUGGUCCUUCUGAUGUGUGGUUGUACUAAUGUGUACGUCAGCCUGAGUUGGUCUUCCUGUCUGUCUGUCUGUCUGCCAGUGGUGAGUGAGUGAGUGAUCGACGCAACGCGAGAAUCGAGAAUAAUCGUUUUUCGUGGGCGACAAGAGAGAUGUGGGUGGGUGGGUGCAUGCAGUGUGACGACAGUCCUUUUUCGUGAGCAGUAGAUGUGUGUGCGGACUUUCAUACCAUGUGUGUGCCUUAUCUCAAUGGAAUUUUGUAACA